AUGGCUACCCCCAGUGUCCUCACUUUUCAUGCUAAGGGCCGUGCCGUUGACUUUGAGGUCUGGGUCGAUGACCUCCACCUGUUUCUCCAGUGCGAUAGGGCAGACGGCCUCUCCCUAUUUCACCUCACUUCUGGUGCCUCUCAUGCCCCUGCUGCUAAUGCUGACGCCACUGUUCGCUCACAGGACCACUUCCUCUCAAUUUGCCCCACCACUCUCACCGUUGACCUCCUCGAGAAGGCCCUCCUAGCGAUAGAGAAGAGCAUAGUCGUUGUAGGAGCCUCUCGUGGUGACCCUCGCACCCCCGUCUUUGAGGGGUGUUCUCCCUCCCCCGUCUUGCCCUCUGUUGCCUCUGCUGCUGCGGCCGACCUCGUUGGUUUGGAGUCGGUCGGCGCUGCGCUUGCCCCGAGCGGGAAACGCUGCACUGGCAGGGGCAAGGGGGGCAAGGGCACUAGAGGGGCUGGAGGGGGCGGUGGAGGUGGUGGUGGAGGCAGUGGAGGGAGUGGGGGUGGUGGUGGGAGUGGUGCCAGGGGUGGCGGUGGCGGCGGCAGCAGUGGAGGAGGCGGAGGCGGUGGAGGUGGCGGAGGGAGCGGAGGCGGCGGAGGUGGCGAAGGAGGCGGAGGUGGAGGAGGCGGCGGAGGCGGCGGCGACGGCGCCGGCGGUGGUGGAGCGGGUCACGACUCUGCGCAGAGGAGUGGCUCAGGUGGUGGUCCGCGCCAGCAGCAGCGAAGUGGUAUGACCCUGUCCCUUCAGCAGCUUCGUGAGUGGUACACUUCGUGUCAGCGCAGUGGGGGUUUUGGUCCUUGCGCUUACGUCCUCCGUACCGGCGACCGCGCUGGUGAGCAGUGUGGAGGCCCGCACUCCACCCAGCGCUGCUUUGGUCGCGUGACGGACGCUUGGCGUCGCCAGUUUCCAGAGGCGUCAGAGAUCCCUUGCAGGGGAGAUCUGACUAAGGCCGGGGUUGCUAUCUUUGAUCUUGACUUUGAAGCUAUUCUUGCUGCCAUGUAUGCUGUUGAUACUAGUAUUGCGGAUGACUGUUACCUGUGUGUACCGCCUGACCUGGGCAUUGACGUCGCUGCUCUAGGUGAUGGUGAGGCUGCUGCUCUAGGUGCUAGUGCGUCUGCUGCCCUAGGUGCCAGCGCGUCUGCUGCCCCAGGUGCUGGUGAGUCUGCUCUCUCAGGUACUACGUCGGCUCAGGCCUUCCACACCUUCACCCUGGACUCGGGUGCGUCCCGCUCUUUCUUUCGAGACCGCACCACUCUUACGCCGCUAAGUCGGCCGGUUGCAGUCUCCGUGGCCGACCCCUCUGGGGGUCCUGUCCUUGCUAGCUUCUCCACUGUCCUACCGUGCCCGGCAGCCCCCUUUGGCACUCUGUCUGGUCUCUACCUCCCCUCGUUCUCUACAAACUUGGAGAGUGGAGCGGACCUACAGGAUAGGGGAGUUGAUUAG